GAUGGCGUCCACCCUUGAUCGUAAAUUUCAAAAUAAGAUCAACAAUGGGUGCCGUACACGAGCUACUGAGAUUUUAUCAGUCGUAACCAAGACUACAAUCUUAAAAGUUCAAUAUAUGAUAGACUUGAAUUGUGUUUUAAAUACUUCUUCUAUCUAGUCGCAACGUGAGAACCGCAAACGUCUUGAUACUUUUAAUUUGGAUGCUUGCCUCACAACAUCCGGGCAUAUUCCAGCCGUCUCCUUGUCUUACUUUUGGCCAGUAAACAAUUUGGCGGAGGCAAGCAUGCGUCGGUUGGUGCCCAAAGACAAAUAUUUAAAAAGUGGCCGUUGAAAAUCGCAACUUGUUCGCCCAGUUGUGUUCAGUACCGACUCGCAAUCGCGGACUACGAAGCCCUUUGCUGUCUUUAGCUUCCUAGCUAGCUAACAUCGGCAGACGUCCUGAGGCUGCCACCAAACCUGGACGCGAUGUCGCUGGUAGACCUGGGCAAGCGUCUGCUGGAGGCGGCACGUAAUGGUCUGGAUGACGAGGUGAGGAACCUGAUGGCCAACGGAGCUCCGUUCACCACCGACUGGGUGAGUAAUCGUCCCAGUGCUCGAGUAUUUGACAGAAAGAAGCAAGUCCUAGCGCGUGACCUCUGCCCCGCACAGCUGGGGACGUCGCCGCUCCAUCUGGCCGCUCAGCGCGGCCACUACUCCACCGCCGACGUCCUGUUGCGAGCGGGCGUCAGUCGCGACGCUCGCACCAAAGUGGAUCGAACACCUCUGCACAUGGCCGCUGCUGAGGGGCACACCAUCAUCGUGGAGCUGCUGGUCAGGAGCGGCGCCGACAUCAACGCCAAAGACAUGCUGAAGAUGACGGCGCUGCACUGGGCGGCCCAGCACGGCCACCACGGUGUGGUGGAGACGCUUAUCAAGCACGGCGCUGAUGUGCACGCGCUCAGCAAGUUUGAGAAGACGCCCUUUGAUAUUGCCGUCGACAUCCAGAACACGGAGCUCAUGCUGCUGCUGCAGGAGGGCAUGCAGAACCAGGUGAACAUGAACCAGGUGAGCCUGAACGUGGAGUCCAGCAACAGUGGCAACCAGCCGCAGUUCAUCAUCCAGGGCAUCCAAGGGGGUGUGGUCAACCUGGCCGACCUGCUCAACAAGGCCGGCACCGGGGAAUCCGAAGAGGCGAUGGCCGCCAACGCUCUGGACGGCAACAUCCAGCACGCCGCUGUGGUUAACGAGGGAGGCCAGAGGGUCAUCACCAUCGUAACCGACCAACACGGCAACCUGCAAACGACCGGAGGCAUGUCGCAGCCCUUCUUCGUCACCAUGCAGCACGGACAGCAAAUGCUGGCGGUGCCCGCCAACACAGUGACGGAGGAGGUGGUGGCGGAAGAGUCACAGGCGCCGCCCUCCAGGAAGAGAAAGUUGGAGGUGACCAAUAACCACAACGACACAGGAGAGACAGAGCUGCUGCAGAGGCAGUUGCAGGAGGCCAACAGGAAGGCGCAGGAAUACCGGCAGCAGCUCAUGCGCAAGGAGCAGGAGGCCGAGGAGUACCGCAUCAAACUGGAGGCUAUGUCCCAGAGCCAGGCGGGCUCUGCCGCCGCCAACGUCAGCCCCGAGGAGGUGGUGGGCGGCGACGAGGAUGAGGACGCGCCGGCCGUGGAGGAGGAAGGGGGUGGCCAGAUGGUGGUCCUGCAGGAGGGAGGCAUCAUCGUGGAGGGUGACGAGGGCCGCGUCACGCUGGUAGAGACGGGCGGCGAACCCGCAGGGAUCAGCUCCUAACGCCCCCUUUCCAUUAUCUGGCGCUCUUCUCUAUGAGCGCCUCCGACAGAACUUCCCGGUCCUCCGCCUUCUUCGUGUCCUUUGUCACUUCGUGUUAGCAUCUGCAUCUUGGCCUUCACUUCAUUUUCUUGAUUCAACUUUAGGAUCAUAUGAUUGCUUCUGGGGAAUGUUGUUGGGAUACAAGCACCGAGUCCUCUUUGUGCCAAACUCUUUCCCACAUUCUUAGUCGGUAAAAAAAAAAAAAACACUCAAGAAAUCAUUGGAAAAUGACACUUAUAAUUUUGAAUGAUGUAGUUGCUUCUCCGCAAUUGAUUUGGCGUGGGAAUUUUUUAUGGUUAAAAUAACCUAAUGCUACUUUUUCCACACUGUGAAUGUGGCCAUUUCUCCAUUAUAAAUAUAGCUAUCAGUAGUAGCCUUGUAGGUUUAUCAGCAAAAUUGGAAACCAGCAAGAAAAUUGUUGCAGUUUCUCAGUGGGGUUGCCUAAGACUGGUAACGGUAAAUGGAAAAAUUGAUAAUGAAGGGGAAAAUGAGAGUAAGGUGUCAAUUUUACAUUCUUCUUCGCAAUGUGUUUCGCAGUUGAAAUGUGCCAGAUUCUUAGCCGCAGCCUACAGUAAAAAAAAAAAAAAAAAAGAGUAGGCUAGACCUUAAAUUAGAACACCAAAAAAACACAUUUAACUGCGCAAUCAUUUCCCCCUUCCUCAUCUAUACUGCGAGUUGAGUUUGAUAUAUAUAUAUUUUAAAAUUAGACUCAGCAGAGUAACCUUUUUCAAUGUACAUACAAAGUUGUAUUUUUUUUACUGUACCUGGCUGCCUCACCGUGUUGAUGAUAGCAAUGCUAAUCUUAUGAAUAUAAACACUUGUUUA